AUGAUCAGCAGGAACUUUAAAAACAUUUUGGUGGUCUCUGUCGGCUUUCUGUCUCUAUUCACAGCAUAUGGAGGCCUGCAAAGUUUACAGGUAGGUACUAAAAUAUCUUUUAUUACAUAUUAUUCUUCCCACUUAAUGUUAAAAAAGUCUGCAUCUUUCAAUUGGGUAAAUUCAUAAGGGAAUAGAAGUUGUGUUCACAGCAAAAUGCUGUUUUCCCUUCCUUAUUGCUAAGACUCUCAGACCUUAAACAGAGCGACAAAGAGGCAAAAAGUUGUUCUGGAAGUUUGCUGAUGUUGGAGAUGGUCAGGAGAUUGAUUUGAAGAGAUUUGACUGCAGACCCUUAAAACUAAUUUGCUGUUUAAUUGAGGCAGGAAAUUAAGUUUUUUGAUUCCAUUUAUCAACCUUCAUUACCUUUAAAGUUUGCCUUUUCUCUUAAUCAGAAAUCUUUUGGUUAAAAUUUCUUGAGUUGAAGCAUCUUGCAUUCGAAGCAAAAUCAACCGGCCUUUUAACAUUAAAAAACUAAAAUAGAUUUCACACCUAAUUUUGACUCCAUGGUUUAUUCUGUUCUCAAAAAAAAAAAAAAAAAAAAAAAAAACCUGAAAUUAAAGCUCCAGUGUGAAAUUUUGAUUUGUUUACAGAACUGACUGAAAUUUAAACCGAUGCAUCUUUUUAACUUACAAAACCUAACCAAGGCAAAAGGAACGAGACAGAUUGUUUACUCUAUAUUUAUUUCUAACAUGUAAAGCCAACAGUAGGCGUUAGGUGUCAGUGAAGUUAAUUUAAAUUGUGUAAUAUUAAAGAAGCUUUCUAAAAAGAUGUUCUAUAGCAACGAUUACUUUGCUAAAAUUCAACUUUAUUCAUAUGGCCCUUUCGUACAGGAAUGUAAUUCAAAGUGCCUCACACAGGUAGAAAACAAAACAAAACAAAAAAAACCCAAUAAAACCCGACCCUCCCACCCACACACACACCCGUAGACCCACACACACACACACACAAAGACACACACCCACCAUCACCCACCAACCCAAACACACAUAAGCGCACACACAGAGCAUUUAAGAUUUAUUGUUAAAGAGACAUGGCCGAGACAUUGCGUGAAGAAAGCGCUACCUUUGGUAAACACUGGAGAUAAAAAGAUAAAAAUGGUAAAAAGAAAGAGUAAAACCUGAUGGACUAAGUCAAUGAGCUAAUGUAAAAUGAACAAAUAAUUAAGAAUAUAAAUACAGAAAAUAAACAUUAAGAACUUUGAUUAAAAUGAAAAUUUGCAAUAAGAGAAAUAAGAAAAGGCGAUCAUUGAAAAGCCUGUUUAUAAAGGUGAGUCUUGAGCUUCUCCUUCAAAACAUUCAGGCUCUGUGGCCCUGAGGGUCCCCGGCAGGCUGCUCUACAACCGGGGGCCAUAGAGACUGAAAGCCGUCUCCCCGUGUGUUUUUGUUUUAACUUUGGGUAAGGUUAAAAAGCCUGUGUCGGAGGACCUCGUUCGUGAGGGUUGAUAUUAUAAAAGUAAGCCAGGAGUAGGAGGGGCCAAGACCAUUAAUACAUGCAAAAACUGAUAAAAGAACCUUAAAAUCAAGGUUCUUUUAUUAGAAAUGAAAGAGAAAUAUUAGAAAUAACAAAAUGUAAGAUUUUUUUUUGUGUACAAGACAAAAUUAGCAAAAAGUUCAGAGGUACUGUUAUGUCCACUGGGGACACCAAAACCAAAAAGUCCUCACUCACUCACCCUGGUAAUACAUUGACUUAUUGACAGAGGUGUGUUGCUUACUAUCCCGUCGCCUCCCUCAGAUCUGCAUAGUUUGUUUGUACAAGAUAAAAGUUUCACCUUUUUUCCAUCCUUACUUCGCCUGUCAAGGUUUUGCUUUCGAGCAACCAAUCACUUCAACUUCUGCCUCAAAGCCCAACAUGCGAAGAGCAAAUCUAUCCCCAACUGCUGUCUUGAAGUAUAUCAGCCUGACUAUGAGAAGUUAGAUUUAGUGUUAUUUCAGCUGGUCUAAAGUUUUUACAUUUGUUUUUGAACAAACAAACUGACUCUAUAAAGUCUAAAAUAAGAUUUAGUUUUAACAAAUUCACUAGCGCUUUAAUCCUUGAGGGUCCUCAUAAUUUACAGACCUUUUUGGCUGAGCUCUGAAAUAGUUGCAAAAUUGUAAAAUAUAACAAAAUAUAAAUUUUAUAUACCAAAAAUGGUCUGCAUGGUCUUUGUUUUUGUUAGGAAUAAAGUACAAAUCAGAGACCGAUAGGGUAAGCAAGACCAUUUAACAAUGUAGACUGGUCUAGCGUCACCAUGAAGGGACUCUAAUUUGCAACACCACCAUCUCACUAUACAGUGUUUGAGUAAUUACCUUGCAACCAACUAAAGACCUUAACAAGGUGAUUUUGUUGACCUCAUGGUCUAUAAUAUUUCCAUGGCAACAGACACAAUUGUCUGAGACAGAGGCUUACAUGUUGUCACAGCGCCAACGGCUGAAGGUGAAAUGAGCCGAACUCUUUGAUCGAUUAGAUAUGAGGUGUGAUCAGAUCAGAUUGUUCCUGGCGUCAAUUAUGCCAUAAAGAACAAAUAACUGUUGUUACAGGCUUUGGACCGAUCAGAAACAAGAAUUAGAAAGAAACACAUUUCGACUUUUUUUUUUUGGCUUUUAUGCUCACUAUUUAUUAGACUGUAAGUUUCGCUCAUGUGACUCGUUUGUUGUGGUCAUUGUGCAAAGAAUUUCUUUAUAUUUGUUUUUUGGAGAAUGGUAUUGUAGCUUUUUUUAAGCCCCAACUGAUGACAACUGCUUGAUGUAAAUGGUCGGUGGAAUCUGUAUCAAGAGCAGAAAUGUUGGUUUUAAGUAGAUAUGAGUAGAUUAGGCACUUUAUGAAAGUAGAGGACAUCUGCAAGACAAAGAUUAGAGCAAUGACUCUACAAUCCUUAAAAAUGCCUUUUUUAUUGUAUUUAUAUCAGAUUUAAAAUGCUGGUAACAGUCUGGUAUCUCAAACUGAAUUAAUAAUCAUAAUAAUAAUAAUAACUUUAUUUAUAUAGCAAUUUUAGAAACAAGAGUUUACUGUCGCAUGAGCUGAGACGUCAUUAAAACAAAGACAUAAGAACCCUUAAUACCCAGCCAACACAGGAACCCAAUCACAAAAACCUGAGACCAAGGGGACUAUUAUGAAACAAGAACAAGAAGAGUAAAAGGUUUUAAAGAGGACAAAGUCACAUAAAAGCAAGUCUAUAAAAAUGAGUUUUAAGACGUAAUUUAAAAGAAUUGUUCUUGUUAUUUGGUCUGACUACCUCUUUGCAAACACAGUAACAAAAGCAAAAAGUUUUACAGAGAAAAAGUUACAACAUUUUUGGGAGGAUAAAACUUUCCUUGUUUCCUAAUGGAUUUGUCUGUGUGUGUGUUUGUGUGUGUGCAGAGCAGCCUGAAUGCGGAGGAGGGGAUGGGCGUGGCAUCUCUGAGUGUCAUCUACGCCUCCAUCAUCAUCUCCUCCAUGUUCCUGCCCCCCAUCAUGAUCAAAAACCUGGGCUGUAAAUGGACCAUCUGCGUGGGCAUGGCCUGUUAUGUCAGCUACUCCUUUGGGAAUCUUUACCCUGGAUGGUAAUUUUUCAAUCAGUCAGUCAGUCAACAGAUCACAUGACUUCAUCAGACAUUGAGAGGCUUUGUUUUUUAACACUCCACCAAUGACUUUCUAGUCUGUGUUGAAGGUGCUCAAAAAAAUCAGGGUUUUAUCCGUUGUCUCUCCCACAGGUACACCCUGAUCCCCACCUCAGUGAUCCUGGGUUUGGGUGGCUCUCCUCUGUGGUCGGCUAAGUGCACAUACCUGACCAUCUCUGGAAACAUUCAGGCCGCCAAGGAGGGAAAGAAGGGCUCCGACGUUAUCAACCAGUACUUUGGCAUCUUCUUCUUCAUCUUCCAGUCGUCUGCUGUGUGGGGAAACCUCAUGUCCUCGCUCAUCUUUGGACAGGAUGCAAAUAUAGGUAAGAGGGCAGCUGGAACUUGGAUCUUACAUUUAAAGACACUUGGAGGCCAUCAUUAAGUUUAUGUACCUGUGAUAGACAUCAAUAGAGUGUUUAUUUACAUUAAUCAGACAAGUGUUAAUUAAAAAUAAGGAACAUAUUUAUGAUCUUGUUACACAUUUGUAGGGUUCUAAUAUAAUUAUAUGAGGCCUUAUUAAAAUCAUAUCUAACACAAACUAGAUAUAAAAUGAUCUUCUUCUUACAUUGGUAAGAUUUGCAUUAAGGGGUUGUUCAGGGGAGUCAGAUAAGGUGACUUGGGCAUCGAAUCAGGAUGCCUCCUAGAUGCCUCGCUAGUGAGGUGUUUAGGGCACCCAUGAGUUGUCCCACCUGUAAGAGACUAGAAAUUCUUCUCAAAAACACCAAAAAUUAGAAACAUAAGAACUCCAUAACUUAAUCUAUUGUCUCUCCAAAGAUCAAAAUGAUAUAUAAAAACUUAAGACAAAACUCUUUUAAAAAUCAGUUUCAAAAGGCACAAAUUAACUUUAAAUCAACUUUCAAGGCACAUAGUUCUGAAAAUAAAAAUAUCUAUGAAAGGAAAACAAUUCUCUUUAAAGAGCUUUACUUCAAGAGUCCUUCAAAGAUAUAAAACUAAUGUGGUCCCCUCUGAACUUGAACAGAUUUUUGGAAACUCUAAAAAGGCAUAUGACUCUCUUAAAACAACCUUUUUUAUUUAAAAAUAAAAGAUUUUGUAAGAAUGAAUAUCUCAGUAAACAGGAAAAUUGUCAUCUCUAAUAAUCACUUUUUAUCUGACCUCUAAAAAUAAUCAAAAACAACUUAAAAAUGAAAUUCUAAAGCAAACCAGAGGUCAGGUGUAGGAGCUGACACGGAAUUGACGUGCUUGUGUUUGAUCAAGUAAUAAAAAUAGUUUUUUUGUUAAUGUCACUUUUAUAGUUUGAGUUAUGAGUAUCUGUACUUUAAACUCCUCUACACUUCCUGAUACAGUUACACAAACUACAUGUGGUCAAGGUUCAAACAGGCUUUUUUUUUAAUGUUUUUUUUUUUUUUUAGAGGAGAAUAAAAGAGGGUGUGAAAGAGAGGUGGAUCAUGUUUGCUGUAAAUUAUUUUAUUGCUGUUGAUACUCUUCAGCUUAUCAGUUUGGAAGAUGUCACAUGCUUGUAAAAGAGCAAUUCGCGGAAGAACAACAUGAUGCAGCUAUUUAUUAUUUCCUCACUGGCUUAUGACAAACAUCAAAAACAUGUACUCCUGAUCACCACACAAUAUCAUUUUUUAUAAUUUGCAUUAUGACUAGGUGUACUCUUUGGACCUUCUUUUUUAAUUGUGUCCUUAGAUGAAUUUAAUGUGAUUUGGCUCACUAAAAACCUGAUUUAUUUAAUCAUCCAUUAACGAAAUUGGAUUGAUUUAAGAUGAUUAUCUUUUCCAAAAGCCUCCAAAUUGAAUGUUGACAUAUUUUGCAUGAUUUUGAUAGAAAUUUUGGUCCCCUCUUGGACGUUGUUUUUGUAGAAAAAUAUGACUUAAUUCAAUAAGCGCAAUCGAGACUACAUAUAGAAGUGGGAAAAGUAUUUGAAAUAGGGCUGUCAGUGUCUUUUUUGAAACCUUAAAUAUUGAUAUUGUGCAAAAAUAAGCAUCAAGUAAUACUGUGAGUUCACAGUUGUGGUCUAAAAUGAGCAACUUUGAACCCUAGGACAACCUGGAAAUAUCAUUUCAGUGCUUUAAUUGUUUUUUUUUUAAACUAUGUGAAUUGUUUUGUGUGAUUUUCCAGCUGACAUCCCAGAGGAACAGUUGGCCACAUGUGGAGCUGCAGACUGUGGCCUCAACAUCAGCAGCAAUAGCACCACAUUGAAACCUGCUCAGAAACUGGUGUGGACCCUCGUCGGAUGCUACAUUGGUAAAAUAAAAUUUUUAACUUUUGGUAUCACAUAUCCACAUGAUUUCCUGUCUUCCUCAUACACUCAUUGUUGUCUGUCCUUGUCAGGGGUCGGUGUGCUCGCCAUCCUCAUCAUCGCCAUUUUUCUGGACAACAUUGACCAGGAACAGAGCAGUGAAUUUCGUGAGAACCGUGAGCCAUUCUGUCAAACGUUCUUGGCCACAUUCAGACUAUUGAAGGACUGGAGGCUGAUCACCCUCAUCCCCCUCACCAUGUACAGUGGCUUUGAGCAGAGCUUCCUCUCUGGGGAGUACACCAAGGUGAGAAACCCAGAAAACCAAAGUUAGCCAAAAGUUAAACCUGUAUCAAACCACUAGGGGGCAGUCUUCCUGAGCUAAAAUCUUAGACUUCCUGUUCUCAGCAUGUUUUUGACACUUUACUUGUUUCUUGGUGUCCUUGAUGCCCUCUUUUCCCAACAACAAUCAGAGAGUCAGAUAUUGAUUGAGGUUAAAGAUAUAUAAGUCAAAUUUAAAAACUCACUUUUACAGACUUGCUGUCAUGUGAUGCCAUCUUUUAUCUUUUAUCUGUCACCUCAUCUCUUUCACCUCUAUCCUAUUUCAGCUUUACUGUCUUUUUAGCUUUUGUUACACUUGUACUCUUUUCUUAGUUAACCUUUUAGGCCUUGUAUUGUUUUAUCUCUUGCUCAUUUCUGUUGCUCUAUUUUAUCAUUACUUUUAUUACCAGUAUAACCUGUUAUUAUUUUAUUAUCAUUGUUUAUAUUGCCCUUUAUAUUUACUAUCCUGUUUCCACUUUCGACCUCCCUUUAAAUUGCAUUUUCUUUUUUUUUUUUUUUAACUACUUUAUGUUUUUAUUUUGGUCCUCAUGGUCUCACUUUAUGUUACAUAGUUCUUGUAUUGUCUGGGUUCCUUAUGACACGAAAAUAGCCUUCAAUUUCAUUUUAACUAAGCUUUGUGUUUAUUUGUUUUUAUCUUUUUCCAUGUGCUCUAUGACUAUAUGUCAAAGCACUUAGUAAACUUCUGUUUUUUAAAAGUGCUAUAAAAAUACAGCUAUCAUUAUUUUUAUUAUUAUUAUAAAACACCUAUGUUUAAAUCUAUCUCAUGUCUUUUUGCAGAACUAUGUGUCGUGUGCUCUGGGGAUUCAUUAUGUUGGAUAUGUCAUGAUGUGUUUCGGAGCAGCAAACUCUCUAUGCUCAAUUCUCUUUGGGAGACUUGCUCGAUACACGGGGAGAGCCGCACUCUUUGCACUGGGUAAAAAUCCUCUUAUACUGAUUUAAGUUUUCACAAUCAAAUGAAGAUGCACCUGUUUUAAUGAUAUCUAUUUUAGGGUUCUUUUAAUGUAAGAUUUAACCUUUAAAAACCUUCAUUUGGACAAAUCUAUGCACAGUAAAUUAAGAUUAUUGAGGUGGAUAAUCAUACGGUACCUGUCUGUCGGUUCUCAGCUGCAGUUGCAAACUUCUCCUGCGUUCUGGGUCUCUUAUUCUGGAGGCCUCAUCCGGACCAGACUCCUAUCUUUUUUGUGUUUCCUGCUCUGUGGGGGAUGGCUGAUGCAAUCUGGCAAACUCAGACCAAUGGUAAGAAACUUGUGUUUUGAUUUUGUAUUUUUAUUUUAAAAAUUGUUGAAAUGCUCCAGUCUGGGCUGACACAGUGGGCUGGCUGAUUGACUGCUGAUUAUAAAAAACAAGGAAGAACCAAGAAAACCAAUAAUGUGUCCAGAUAAUUUAAAAUAGAACAAAACAAACAAAGUGUUCAGGCUGUGAGUCAAAUUAGGAAAACCUCAAAGCCUUCGAACCAAACCAAGGUACUUUUUGUUUGUUUUUAGCCUUUUUUUGUUGCUUAUACAGUAUUUAUUUCUGUACAUUUAUAAUAAAGAGUGUGGAUGUGGGGGUCUUUGAACACCUAAACCUAAACUACAUUGGUUUCGGUGUCUCUUCUCUCCUGUAGCUCUUUACGGUGUUCUGUUCCCUCGGGAGAAAGAGGCAGCGUUCGCCAACUAUCGAAUGUGGGAGUCACUGGGUUUUGUCAUUGCCUUCGCCUACAGUACCUUCAUAUGUCUGGAGUAUAAACUGUACAUCCUGCUGGCUGUGCUGUUUCUGACUGCUGUCACUUAUCCAAUAGUGGAGUUCAACGAACAUAGGAAUCCCACGCAGCCUAUCGAAAAGGGAGACAACACAAAUUCUAAAGGCAGUGUUCACACAGGUCCUGAAGUUCAGGGUAAAAUCCUCAGUGAGACAGAGCUGUAA